AUGUCCUCCAGCGAGCUCUCAAAUGCUCUCAAUCCUCAUGUCGUCGUGCAACGAACGAAACGCAGGCAAAUUAGCGCACCUUCCCAAACCUCCCCGCCCAUAUCUCCGGCACUCUCGACUUUGCCUCGUCCAAGUGCUCCUCACAGAAGCGAGCUAGAGCUCGCUUUCGCACAAAGUUCCAUCCCCGUCGUACAAUCUCCUGUCGUACAACAGGCGUCGCCUCCCCGCCACGCCGUGCCAGUCACACAGGACAUGUUCCGGGCUGUCAAUGCUGCCAGAAACGCGUUCGUAGCAGAGAGGUCGCGACGGGUGGGAUGGGAGAACGACCAGGAGUCCAAGCGCAUGCAGCUCAAGGUGGAACUCGACAAACAAAUCGCGGACAUGCGCCAGGAGCUUACCAUGAUGAAGACCUACCUCAGCCUUCACCCCAACUUCACUAUGCCUGCCGAGCUUCGCAAUAUGCUCCCAGCCGAGACCGUUCCCUCCACGGCGCAUAUCGAAGCGUACGCUUCCCCCUCCCCUUCGUUCGCACCGACUCCCGUGUCCCCUGUGUCCCCCCUUCCCUACCAUCCGCUGGCGCCACAACCCAUGUUCAUGCAGGGUUCAUCGUCACGCCCUCUGGCUGUGCCAGGAGCACACGUGCAGCAGCUGCCGCCGAACACACCUCCGAACGCCGUCCCGGAAAGGUUCUCGGAGAUUAACUCCCUUCCUACGCCACCGUCGAGCAUACUGCCUCGGCAUGUCAUAGAAGAUAACAGUGACUACGACAGCGAUUCCGAGGACUCUGAUGCAUCCACAGUUGACCAACGGCGAAAGCGGAAGAACGGGCACGAUAUCCAUGCUGUCCGGAUACACAUACGCAAGUUGAUGAAACUCCAGCAUGGGGAAGCACUCCCUCCUAGUGCGUUUGAGGGUCUCUCCGUCGACCCGGACGCGCCUGUCCGCUUUGUCUGGGAUAAGACGUCAAAGCAGUCGGCCAUCAACGGCGCCAUGAAGCAACGAAUUGUCGCCGAUCUGAAGGCGCACCGUCACAAGUACCGGCAUGUACCGGACAAAGAGUUCGUGAAGAAGAAUGUCGAGGCCGCGUUCGAACAGGUCUUCACCACCCUUCGGCAGAAGUACAGGGCGCAGGUGGACGAGACCGCGGCCGCGAAGCUGAAGAAGCGUGAAGAUACCAAGGCCCUCAAGGUCCGCCGCGCCCUCCGAAAGAAGACGAAGCUCGGCAACCGCACCGACGCGCGCACACGGCUCCCCGCGUUCGCGCAGCCCGUCUUCGACAGCGCGCUCCAGGCCGAGUGCAUGUCCUCUGAAGAGUCCGACGGGGCUGCCCCGCACCCGACCGACCCGUCUGCGGAGCCGGUGCCUGCGUUCCGCACGCGCGGUCCGCCCUGGCGCAGCUCACGCCUCCGCCGCUUCUACGGUAUCCUCGACGACCAGGACCGCGUCGAGAAGGCCGCAAAGCCGAAGCGCGGCGCCGGGCGGCGCGUCCGCCGGGACGGCCCGCCCAAGGACGGGCUCGUCCUGCCCCCCAAAAGCGUCGUGCGGUGGAUGGUCAGCAAGCGCUGGAUUAGAGAGGUCGAGGCGAGCCGUCCAGAGAUGCUGGCCAUCAUCGAGGGGCACAUCGUUGAGCGCACCGAGCCCGAGUCUGAGCUGGUCUACUUCAUGUUGGGGCCCGAUGACAGCGACACCGAGAUGGAUCAAGCUACUGCCGCACCCGCCAUCUACGGACACGUUUCUGAAACCAGCUAUUCGCUUUAUAAUGCCCUCCAGCCCAUUUAG